AUGGUCAAACGGCUGCUCGACGACUGCACACUGCAGCUGUCCCACAAUGGCACCUACCUGGACCUGGAAGCCACCCUGGCAGAGCAGCGGGACGAGCUAGAAGGCUUCCAGGAUGACGCUGGGCGGGGCAAGAAGCACAGCAUCAUCCUAAGGACACAACUGUCCGUGAGGGUCCACGCCUGUAUCGAAAAACUGUACAACUCCAGUGGGCGAGAUUUAAGAAGGGCCCUUUUCUCCCUGAAGCAGAUAUUUCAGGAUGACAAGGAUUUGGUGCAUGAAUUUGUGGUGGCUGAAGGUCUGACCUGUUUGAUCAAGGUGGGAGCUGAGGCCGACCAGAACUAUCAGAACUACAUCCUGAGGGCUCUGGGCCAGAUUAUGUUGUAUGUGGAUGGGAUGAACGGAGUAAUAAACCACAAUGAAACCAUUCAGUGGCUGUACACUCUCAUCGGGUCAAAGUUCCGCCUGGUGGUGAAGACGGCCCUGAAGCUGCUGCUGGUCUUUGUGGAGUACUCGGAGUCCAACGCGCCCCUUCUGAUCCAGGCGGUCUCUGCUGUGGACACUAAAAGAGGAGUUGUACCCUGGUCAAAUAUCAUGGAAAUCUUGGAGGAAAAAGACGGGGUCGACACAGAGCUGCUAGUUUAUGCGAUGACUUUAGUGAACAAGACGUUGUCAGGAUUGCCAGACCAAGAUACCUUCUACGACGUGGUGGACUGCCUGGAGGAGCUGGGCAUUGCGGCCGUGUCCCAGCGGCACUUGAACAAGAAAGGGACUGACCUGGACUUAGUGGAGCAGUUGAACAUUUAUGAGGUGGCACUGCGGCAUGAGGACGGUGAUGAGACGGCUGAGCCACCCCCCAGUGGGCGUCGGGACCGGAGGAGGGCCAGCCUGUGUUCCGGGGGUGGCGUGGGCGAGCAGCGGGGCCUGGACCGCAGGCGCAGCCGCAGGCACUCAGUGCAGAGCGUCAGGGGUCCCCUGUCGGCCCCCACCAGUCCCUGCUCCCAGGCGGCUCCAGGAUUCAAGCCCAGUCAAGUGCGGGAUCUCCGUGAAAAAUACAACAACUUUGGCAACCACUCUUAUCACUCUUCAAGACCUUCGUCUGGAUCCGCUGUGCCCACUGCUUCUACAUCAUCUCUUCCAACCCCCCAGGAGCCCAGGCUGGACAGGCAGCACCAGGAGUCCCUGGCAGCCGAGAGAGAGAGGCGGCGGCAGGAGAGAGAAGAAAGGUUGCAGAGAAUAGAACGGGAAGAAAGGAACAAGUUCAGUAGCCGAGAGUAUUUAGACAAAAGAGAGGAGCAAAGACAAGCAAGAGAAGAAAGAUACAAAUACUUGGAGCAGUUGGCAGCUGAGGCGCACGAGAAGGAACUGAGAAGCCGGAGCGUGAGCCGGGGCAGAGCUGACCUCUCCUUGGACCUGACCUCACCAGCCGCCCCCGCCCCUCUGAGCCCUGGCCCUUCAUCUCUAGACUCACAAGGGGCUCUCCCUGGAGCAUCGUCCUCCCCGGGAACACCUCAGCAUCCCCAAGCGAGCACCCAGGAUCCUGCACCAGAACCGGGACCAGAGGAGGAGGUGGGGCAGGUGGCCGAUGAUGCCAACCAGGAAGUAGCCCCUGCCCACUUGGGGACUGAGAGCGAAGUGGAGCAGGAACUGGAAGAGCGAGCCUCCCUCAGUGAGAAGGAGAGGAGGAACGAGGAGGUGAACGAGAGGGACAACUGCUCUGCCUCGAGCAUCUCAUCCUCCAGCAGCACGUUAGAGAGGGAGGAGAAGGAGGACAAGCUCUCCAGGGACAGGGGCACUGGUUUGUGGUCCGCGGGGGUUCAGGAUGCCAGUGUAAAUGAACAGUGUGGCGACAUCCUCACCAACAAACGCUUCAUGCUGGACAUGCUGUAUGCCCAUAACAGAAAGCCCACGGAUGCCGAGGAGAAGGGGGAGGGCGAGCCCGUGGGCGCUGAGCAGGGGGCAGAGGCGGUGCCCAGCCUGGCCAGCAGGAUAUCCACGCUGCAGGCCAGCUCCCUGGCGCAGGACGAGAGUGUCAGGAGGGUGGACGUGGGCUGCCUGGACAACAGGGGCAGCGUGAAAGCCUUCGCGGAGAAAUUCAACAGCGGGGACCUAGGGAGAGGGCCUGUCUCCUCCGACACCCAGCCCGAUGACACGGUCCCGGAGAAAGCAUCCCCCCAGCCCAAGACCGAGUCCGACCACAUCUGGGACCAGCUCAUGGCCAACCCAAGGGAGCUCAGAAUCCAAGACAUGGAUUUCACCGACCUGGGAGAGGAGGAUGACAUCGACGUCCUAGACGUGGACCUGGGUCACGGGGAGGCCCCUGGGCCGCCUCCCCCGCCGCCACCUACCUUUCUGGGUUUGCCGCCCCCGCCCCCUCCACCCUUGCUGGACAGCGUGCCUCCCCCUCCCAUCCCCGGUAAUUUAUUGGCUCCUCCUCCAGUAUUCAAUGCUCCUCAGGGCUUAGGGUGGCCCCAGGUACCCAGGGGUCAGCCGGCAUUCACGAAGAAAAAGAAGACCAUCCGUCUGUUCUGGAAUGAAGUGCGGCCUUUCGAGUGGCCGUGUAAGAACAACCGGCGCUGCAGAGAAUUCCUGUGGUCAAAACUGGAACCUAUCAAGGUGGACACUUCCAGGCUGGAGCACCUGUUCGAGUCUAAGUCUAAGGAAUUGUCCGUCUCAAAGAAAACUGCCGCAGACGGAAAAAGGCAGGAGAUCAUCGUCCUGGACUCGAAGAGGAGCAAUGCCAUUAACAUCGGGCUGACGGUGCUGCCCCCUCCAAGAACGAUCAAGAUCGCCAUCUUGAAUUUUGAUGAAUAUGCCUUAAAUAAAGAAGGAAUUGAGAAAAUUCUAACCAUGAUCCCCACGGAAGAGGAGAAGCAGAAAAUCCAGGAGGCCCAGCUGGCAAACCCUGAGGCCCCGCUGGGCAGCGCGGAGCAGUUCCUCCUCACACUCUCCUCCAUCAGCGAGCUCUCGGCGCGGCUCCACCUCUGGGCAUUCAAAAUGGACUAUGAAACCACAGAAAAGGAAGUGGCAGAACCACUCUUGGACCUGAAGGAAGGAAUAGACCAGUUGGAGAACAAUAAAACCUUGGGCUUCAUCCUGUCUACUCUCUUAGCCAUCGGGAACUUUCUAAAUGGAACUAAUGCCAAAGCGUUUGAGUUAAGCUACCUCGAGAAGGUUCCAGAAGUGAAAGACACCGUGCACAAGCAGUCGCUCCUCCACCAUGUGUGCACCAUGGUGGUGGAGAACUUCCCCGACAGCUCCGACCUGUACUCGGAGAUCGGGGCCGUCACCAGGUCAGCCAAGGUUGACUUUGAUCAGCUUCAGGAUAAUUUAUGUCAGAUGGAGAGACGGUGCAAAGCUUCAUGGGAUCACCUCAAGGCAAUUGCAAAACAUGAAAUGAAACCCGUUUUAAAACAACGAAUGUCAGAGUUCCUGAAAGACUGUGCUGAGCGAAUUAUAAUUUUAAAGAUUGUCCAUCGGAGAAUAAUUAACAGGUUCCAUUCCUUUCUGCUCUUUAUGGGGCAUCCGCCUUAUGCGAUCCGGGAAGUGAACAUAAACAAGUUCUGCAGGAUCAUUAGUGAAUUUGCCCUGGAGUAUCGCACCACCAGGGAAAGGGUUUUGCAGCAGAAACAGAAGCGGGCCAACCACAGAGAGAGAAAUAAGACCAGAGGGAAGAUGAUCACCGAUACUGAUGAAGAGGAUGACAUGGAGUCCGGCAAAUUCUCCAGCAGUUCGCCAGCACCUGCGAGCCAACCACAGGGCCUGAGCUAUGCCGAGGACGCCGCUGAACACGAGAACAUGAAGGCUGUGCUGAACACCUCGUCCCCGGCCAUGGAUGAUGCCACCCCGGUGCUGGGCGUCCGCACACGCAGCCGGAUGAGCCGAGGAUCCGCUAGUUCAUGGACCAUGGGAACUGAUGACUCACCGAAUGUCACGGAUGAUGCCGCUGAUGAGAUCAUGGACCGCAUCGUCAAGUCGGCCACCCAGGUGCCCAGUCAGCGAGUGGUGCCCCGGGAGAGGAAGCGCUCCCGGGCCAACCGGAAAUCUUUACGAAGGACCCUGAAGAGCGGCCUGACUCCAGAAGAAGCCCGAGCCCUGGGCCUGGUGGGCACCUCGGAGCUGCAGCUGUGACCCAGGGGGCACCCUAAGAAGUGUGCCUGAGCAGAGUGCAUGCCCCUGCUGGACGGAGCCCCUGCAGUGCGGGGCGAGGAGGCUCUAAGUCAACAUCAGCAUCGAAAGGUCUGAAAGAAAGUGCCCAUCUCUCUGUGGCGCCACGGGGCUGCGUUGCGUGCUGCGCACUGACAUGGAGUCUCCUUCCUGUACUUUCUCUUGUUUCCUUGACACCUGGUUUAGUAGUUCCAAAGUGAGACACCUUUUCUGUGCAAGGAACGGACCUUUUCCGGAGCAGAUCACUCUGUCACAGUGACUAAGGGCAGUUGGAUUAGAUUCACAGCCUGGGUCUCUCCACACCACCAAAGUAUCCAGAUGUAAAACCCAAACUGUACACAAAGGAAAGCACAGGUUGUUGACCAGUUGUGGAUUUUAGAUGUACUAAAUGUUUAUAUGGAUUCAUAAAUGUACACCAUGUUUCAGAUACUAAAUAAAUGGAGUUUAAUGUCA